GGCGCCAUUUUUCCAGAGGCAGCAACGGGAACUCAAGUCAUGCUGAAAUAGUUGCUGUUUAAGCCCCUAGUAUGUUUUAGAUUUAGUCCAUUCCGUCGAACAUCACGUGUUUUUGUGCACAACUUUAAAAUAACCAAAAAUGUCUGCUGAAGGAUCGGCCGACCAGGCUGCGGAGUAUGUCCCAGAGAAAGUGAAGAAAGCAGAGAAGAAGUUAGAAGAGAAUCCAUAUGACCUUGACGCUUGGAGCAUUCUGAUUCGAGAAGCACAGAACCAACCCAUAGACAAAGCAAGGAAGACUUACGAGCGACUUGUUGCCCAAUUCCCAAGCUCUGGCAGGUUCUGGAAACUAUACAUUGAAGCUGAGAUCAAGGCUAAAAACUAUGACAAAGUUGAAAAGCUGUUUCAACGAUGUCUCAUGAAAGUGCUGCACAUUGACCUGUGGAAGUGCUACCUUUCUUAUGUCCGUGAGACCAAAGGCAAGCUGCCAAGUUACAAAGAAAAGAUGGCACAGGCAUACGAUUUUGCUUUGGACAAGAUUGGGAUGGAGAUCAUGUCCUACCAGAUAUGGGUGGACUACAUCAACUUCCUGAAAGGAGUGGAGGCGGUCGGCUCCUACGCAGAGAACCAGCGAAUCACAGCAGUGCGCAGGGUCUACCAGAGAGGCUGUGUCAACCCCAUGAUAAACAUUGAGCAACUGUGGAGAGACUAUAGCAAGUAUGAGGAGGGCAUCAAUGUGCACCUGGCAAAGAAAAUGAUUGAAGACCGCAGCAGGGAUUACAUGAAUGCCAGGAGAGUCGCUAAGGAGUACGAGACAGUGAUGAAGGGGCUGGACCGGAACGCCCCAUCAGUACCCCCCCAGAACUCCCCCCAGGAGGCUCAGCAGGUGGAGAUGUGGAAGAAGUACAUCCAGUGGGAGAAGAGCAAUCCACUGCGCACCGAGGACCAGACUCUCAUCACCAAGAGAGUCAUGUUUGCCUAUGAGCAGUGCCUCCUGGUCCUGGGACAUCACCCUGACAUCUGGUAUGAGGCAGCACAGUACCUUGAGCAGUCCAGCAAGCUGCUGGCCGAGAAGGGGGACAUGAACAAUGCAAAGCUGUUCAGCGAUGAGGCGGCCAACAUCUACGAGAGAGCCAUCGGCACGCUGCUGAAGAAGAACAUGUUGCUCUACUUCUCCUUUGCUGACUAUGAGGAGAGUCGAAUGAAACACGAGAAGGUGCACAGCAUAUACAACCGUCUUCUGGCUAUAGAGGACAUUGACCCAACAUUGGUGUACAUUCAGUACAUGAAGUUUGCCAGGAGGGCAGAGGGUAUAAAAUCAGGCCGGACGAUCUUCAAGAAGGCCCGAGAGGACAUUCGGACGCGGCACCAUGUCUAUGUGUCGGCUGCCCUGAUGGAGUACUACUGCAGCAAAGACAAAUCGGUGGCCUUUAAGAUAUUUGAGCUUGGCCUGAAGAAAUAUGGAGACAUCCCAGAGUAUAUACUAGCAUACAUUGAUUAUCUCUCCCAUCUUAAUGAGGACAACAACACCAGGGUCCUGUUUGAGAGGGUUUUAACUUCAGGCAGUCUGUCCCCUGAAAAAUCUGGGGAGAUCUGGGCUCGCUUCCUGGCCUUUGAGAGUAACAUCGGUGACCUGGCCAGUAUCCUGAAGGUGGAGAGGAGGAGGCUCACGGCCUUCAAAGAGGAGUACGAGGGCAAGGAGACGGCCCUGCUGGUGGACAGAUACAAGUUCAUGGACCUGUAUCCUUGUUCUACCAGCGAGCUUAAAGCUCUGGGCUACAAGGACGUGUCCCGUGCCAAACUAGCAGCUCUAAUUCCGGAGGCUGUGGUCACCCCCUCGGCGCCCGCUCUGAAAGAUGAGGUGGACCGAAAACCGGAGUACCCCAAACCUGACACCAACCAGAUGAUCCCUUUCCAGCCCCGUCACCUGGCCCCUCCAGGAUUGCACCCUGUUCCAGGGGGGGUGUUCCCUGUGCCCCCUGCUGCUGUUGUCCUUAUGAAGCUGCUGCCCCCACCCACCUGCUUCACAGGUCCCUUUGUUCAGGUGGAUGAGCUGAUGGAGAGUUUCCGAAGGUGUAUACUCCCUGACUCAGUGGACGCUGCAGUGGAAAUCAUCACAGGGAGACAGCCGGAGCUGGCCAGUGAGGGGAAUGGCCCAACGGAGAACAACGCCGUCCCCAGCAAGUCACUGAAGAGGCCCAACGCCGACUCAGACGAGGAGGAGGACAAAGGCGCCAUUGCACCCCCCGCGCAUGACAUCUACAGAGCGCGGCAGCAGAAGAGGAUCCGGUGAGGCUGCUUGGCCAUGUCACCCCCUGUCUGUGUGGCAGUGUACUCACAGGAACCUGCUGCCCACAAAACACCUCAAUGAGUCAUCAUCUCCAAAAUCUAGGCCUCUUCCCCCAAAUGUGAGUGCCUUCACUGAUAAGGUGGAGAAAAAGAAUCACUGCUGCUGGCCCGCUGAGCACAUGGCUCCAGGUUAUGUUUGAUGAAGAGCAACUCACAGGAAAGUUUGAUUUAGUCUCUGUGUCCUUUUGCACACAUCUACUGUCUAUUGUGGUUUCAUUCUCUUUUUAACAGUUUUAUUUUAAAAACUG